AUAUAUAUAUAUAUAUAUAUAUAUAUAUAGCGCUACAUAUAUGUGCACCCGAGUAGAACAGUCGUUUAUCGUUUGUCUGUUUUAAGCUGUGCCCCAAAUGAGAAGACGCAAACGAUGGAACUGCACAUUUUGGAGCACAGCCUGAAAGUAGCCAGUAUAGCAAAAGAAGGCAUCCAGAUUUGCACUCACGGAUUAAUUAAACUCGCUUUCCUGCCCUCAAAAACAAGAUGCAAGUUCUUCAGUUUGACCGAAACCCCAGAGGAUUACACCAUCAUAGUUGAUGAAGAUGGCUUUAAAGAACUGCCAGAGUCGGAGUAUCUCAGUGUAGCGGAUGCGACAUGGUUAGCUCUCAAUGUGGUUUCAGGAGGUGGCAGCGCCACCAGCUCUCAACCGAUCGGCGUGACCAAAAUUGCCAAGUCCGUCAUCGCCCCCCUGGCUGACCACAACAUCUCGGUCUUCAUGCUAUCCACCUACCAAACCGACUUCAUUCUGGUCAGAGAGCGGGAUCUCCCCAUGGUCAUGCACACACUGUCCUCCGAGUUCAUCCUUCUCAGGGUGGUCAAUGGAGAGACGGUAGCUGCCAACUGCUCCGGAGUCACCAACGGUUUUGUCAAGCCUAAACUUGUCCCUCGACCCAUCAUUCACCCUCUCUCCAGUCCCAGUAACAUGUUCUGCGUGACGAGUCUGGACCCAGACACACUGCCCUCUGUAGCCACCCUGCUCAUGGACGUCAUGUUCUACUCAGGAGGAGGGAAGGAAACAGGAGCGCAGAAUGAGGAUUCAGGACACAUCCGGUUCUUCUCCUUCUCCCUGAUCGAGGGUUACAUCUCCCUGGUUAUGGAUGAGCAGACCACCCGAAGGUUCCCCAACAACGUCCUCUUCACCAGCGCUUCAGGAGAGCUGUGGAAAAUGGUUCGCAUCGGAGGACAGCCUUUAGGAUUUGACGAAUGUGGCAUUGUGGCCCAAAUAUCUGAACCUUUGGCGACAGCUGACAUUCCAGCCUACUACAUCAGCACCUUCAAGUUUGACCAUGCUCUGGUUCCAGAGGAGAACAUCCAGAGUGUGAUCGGAGCCUUGAGGACCAAUGAGAGCAAAGGACAGUGAGCUCGGACACGAGCCUCUCUGAGUCCCUGCUAGAUUAUCAUUUUCAAAAGUGCCAAGAGCUUUUUGAAGACUGUGGGGGGGAGGGGGGUAGUAACCAGAGCCAGGGGUGAGAAUGAAAGGUGUGUGUGUGUGUGUGUGUGUGUGUUAGAGAGAGAGAGAGCACGAGAGAUGGAUUGCUUUAGUUGCACUCUCCCACUUUCAUUAGGCUGAUUGUGCCAACACCUGUCCCUCAGUCCUCCAGCCCUACAGUGCACCCUUUUCUACAGGGACCCUCAGCUAGUGUGACUGCAGCUCCUUUUUCCACUUCUGCAUUAUCUCUCUCCCCCCCCCCUUUUUUUCCCUUUCUUUCAACUUUCUAUUUCUCCAGACCGCAUUUCACCAUGACAACAAGGCCUACUAAGACGUGGGCUGUUGUGUUUCCCCCCCCCAUCCCUCCCUACCAAGACUAUCUUCGAUUCACCGCAAAUAACCACAAUGUAUUAGUAACCGGUCUUCUUUUAACAGAAGGCCAAGAAUUAGAAUGUAUGCCACGAACAUUUUAGUGUAAAGGUCUGUUUCAUUGACCAUCCGGCUUCUCUUACUGUGCCAAGUCACUUUAGGCCUAAACUGACUCCUCAAGUGUGAUCGAUUUGAUUUGGAUUUUUGAUUUAUUUUUUUUUUUUUUGCGUGUAGUUUGAAAGUCUAUUGUUUUAAAUAUGAAAUAUACAUAUGGAUGUGAUCACAAGUUCAAUUUCAAAUCAACACACAAAAAGAUCUGUUUGUGAAACCGGUUUUGUUUUUCCAUUUGCCCCUGUUUCACCUACACCCCAUGUUCUUGUUUUCCAUGCCGAGUCACUGAGUUAUGAAUAAGUUAUUGUUGUUUUUUUUUUUUCUUGUAUCCAAACUACAAUCAAUGGGUUUCUGUGCUCCGGCUCCCGAGUCGGCGUCAGUCCGAGGUGGAGAUUUUAUCAGGUUGGAAUCGAACACAUCACCCUGCUCUUGUUCUUUUCUGAAUAGACAGAGUUUAAAAAAAAUGUGCAAUUUACUGUACACUAUACAUUUUUCCCCCCUUUUCACGCUUGAAGCCGUGUCAGGUUUUCGAAACGGCAUGCAAUACUUUUAGCUACUUUUAGUUUUUACUGUUUUUUUUCCCCCAAACGACAAGACCUGAGGAAUUACAGUCCUUCAUUGAAUGUUAGUCGGGGGUCUAAGUGUUAAGGACACUGGUGUUUAGUUUAGGCCUUCAGCUCUCUCACCCAGUCUGCACUUUAUUUAAGGUCUAUCCUAAAGAUCUUACUGUUCUUACUGAUGUGAAAAAAAAAAAAAGUGGGGAAGAAUAAUUGCUUAUUGGAAGGAAUCUGUUUUUAAAGGGGUCACGUAUGUUGGUCUUAACACACAAUUUGGAAUUUUUUGUUUUCCCCACUGGCUUUUUCUUUUUUCCUGUUAGAUCUGAUUAGCAGAAACCAUGUAUUUAUCAGUGUUAAAAAAAUAAUAAAUAAAAGGGUGACCUAUUUCUUCUCUGA